AUGCGGAGUCCAUUAGCUGUGGUCGUGCUGCUCGUCCUGUGGGAGACAUCGGUGGGCCUUUCUUCUUCCACCACAACAAACCCCAAAGUGGACACUACUACCAGUAUUAUGUCCAAGAAGUGGAACCGACGAGAUGUGUUUUGGCACCUGGCGACGACAGCGACGACGACAGCGACGACGAUGACACUACUGCUACCUCCUUUCCACCAAGAAGCGAGAGCCAUUGGAGAAGGAGAACAACGCAUGGUUCUUCGUGAAAAGCCCACAGCCCCUAUAGGAGCCUUACUGCCAGCCAUUCAACAACGACUCUUGUUGCAAGCGGCCUUGGAACUGGCUCAAUCAUCCUCACAACAACAAUUCGAAAAGCUCCAAACCAUUUUGCCACCUCUGGAUGACCAAUCCUCCAAGAGGGGCACCAGCCAAGAUGUGCGAGUCUUACAGCAAUACAAUCCUGCCAAAGUGCUUCGAGGCGAUUUGAUUCGAGCCUGCAUGAAUCUGUAUACUACCAAUCUCAACUACGACAAGUUAUUACUACAAACAGCAAGGGAUGAUGCUGCCUAUACGGUUACGGAUCCCACGUGGAAGAAAUCCUACAUUCGAGCCAAUGAUGGUUUGCCCGACAUUCAAAAGGUGAUUGGAGCGGAUUUGGAUUUGCGAUAUCUCUAUCGGAACCAGGUAGAACUCAAAGUGGAGGAUGCUGCUGCUGAACUCUAUUAUGCUUCUGACAACAACAACAAUAUUGACAGGGAGGAACUAAUAUCGUUGCUGCGAGAAGCCACACUGGCAUUUGACCAGUGGUUGGAUCGGAUACGCUAUGGGGAUGUGCGAGAUGCCUUGGAAGCUGCCUUGUCGGGCAAGACCACACGGGUCUACGAUAGUUGGGCGUCGGGGUUUCUGCCGUCACAACCGAGAUGA